UAACAGACUGGGGACAUGAAGUGACAGUUCACACCCAUCAGAGACUCACACAGGGCUCACAGUCAAUAGGAAGAGAGAGCACACAGAGAGAGUAGACACAGACAGAUAGUGACCAUUAGACAAAGAGGAGAAAGAGGAGAGAGACCCCGGUGUUGUGGUUGAUUCAUCGAGGCAGUAGAAGCAGGAUGUGGGUCCUCAUCUGGGCAGCUCUACUUCUCUCUCUGACAGAGAGAACCACAUGCCCAAAGAAGGCCACUGCAGCAGCAUACAACAUCACCUUCAGUCCAGCAGAGAUAACACCACAGACUGGACUAUGUGCUGUUAUUCCAUGUUCGUUCACUCACCCUGAUGACUUCCUUGCUAGCAUAGCAAUGUGGCUUAAAUGCCCUGAUGAACAAUGUGCUAUUAAAGUAGAAACAGACUCUAUUUUCCACUCAAUGAAUUCCUCUAUAGCUCAGGAGGGUUAUAGAAGGAGAGUAGCACUACUGGAGACAGACCUGACAAAGAAGAACUGCAGUAUGAUCAUCAACGACAUCACUAAGACUGAUGACGGAGACUAUCAAUUAAGACUGUCCGGGACAUUGAACAGUGGAAAUAUAAGUAAAUUUACAUACCAGACGAAACUGAAAAUGGCAGUGAAAGCUCUGACCCAGAAGCCCUCAGUGUUGACUCCUCCUCUGACAGAGGGAAAACCAGCGACCCUGACCUGCACCGCCCCGGGGAUCUGCUCUGGAACUCCUCCUAACAUCACAUGGACAUGGAGAGGGACAGGAGACAACAUCACUGAGCUCAGAGACAACACCACUACACAAAGGAGAGAGGAUCUGACCCGCGUCACAACAACCCACUUCUCAACUUUGAACUUUACACCUUCAGCUGAGCACCACACCACCAAGGUCACGUGCCAAGUGACAUUCAUAGGGAACAUCACAACUGAGGAGACAGUGACUUUGAAUGUGACUCAUGUGAAGGAACCCAAGAUCUCUGGUAGUAACACAGUGAGAGAGGGUGAUACCCUGAAUCUGUCUUGCUUUGUUGACAGCUACCCACCACCACCACCAGCAAUCACCUGGAGUAAGAAUGGGACAAGAGCUUUGGAACAGAAUAACUCUGGACUGGCCUCUCUCACCAUCUCCAACAUGACAAGAGAACAUGCUGGGGAGUAUGUGUGUAAAGGUCAACACCUCAAAAGGACUCUGACAGCUGCCAUUGUUGUCACUGUGAUGUACCAUCCUGUGAUUCUCAAUGCUUCUGGGUGUGUCAUCCAGGCAAAGGUCAUGACCUGUGUGUGUGUCAGCCAGGGGGUUCCCUUACCUCUCAUAGGCUGGCUUAACACUGAGGAGUACUCCCUCACUAAAUCAGUGUUGAGGUCCUCAGUGAACACCACCAUCAGGAUGCAUGUCGGAAACCACAACAACACUACUGUGGAGUGUGUCAGCACAAAUGAAGUGGGCAGAGUGAGAGAGAAGCUGCAAGUCACCCAAAAAGAGAGCCAAGGAAAGCAAGGAGAGGAAGUAUCUAAAGACAUCUUGGCUCUGCUGUUGAACCCACCACUGAUUGCUGCAUUUGUGAUUGGUGCAGCCUUCUCAUCCACCAUCUGUUGUAUCAUCCUGUGUUUGACAGGGAAAUGUAAAAGAUGCAAAGAGAGGAUCCCAAAGGACUCAGACUCCAAAAGCCCUUUAACGAAACUGGAGAUGGUGGCAUGUGAAGACCAACAGACAAAUGCAGGACAGGCUGUGCGUGGCAAACAGACCCCUCUGCGGGUGGUGCUGAUGGAGGGAGCUGAAAACACAGGACCCCAGACCAGUGGAGCUGCAGGAAACUCUGCCAAAGGGGAAGAACCUCAAGAUGUGCACUACGCCACUAUCAACUACUCCCAACUGAAGAAGACUCCUGAGGAGGCAGAGAAGAAGACCACCACCUCGGAGUCAGAGUACGCCAAAAUCAAACGAGAGAAUAAGAAAGAGGGGCAUGAAGGUGGAGGAGAGGGGAGUGGAGUGAUGGACGAGGAGGAGAACGAGAAUGAUGUGAAGGUACUCAUUAUCACAGUGAGAGAGGGUGAUACCCCGAAUCUGACCUGCAGUGUUGACAACUACCCAUCACCAUCAUCUAACUUCACCUGGAGUAAGAACAGGUCAACAGCUUUGGAACAGAAAAACUCUGGACUGGCCGCUCUCACAAUCUCUAACAAGAGAACAUGCAGGGGAGUUUGUGUGCUCAACACCUCAACAGGACUUCCAGCUUCCACUGUUGUAACUCUAAUGUGGAGAAGACAGGGAUUAUCAACCUGUGGGCUCUAUGGCAGACCUGGAGAGGCAAGAGCUGAACUACGCCGCCCUGCAGUUUCUCGUGGGGCCCUCCAGGGAUGGGGGGGGGCCUCAGGGAGAGAUGACAGCAGCGACUACACCGAGAUCAAGGCCAAAUGAAGCGCGAUCCUUCCCUGACCCAUCAUCACCGCGGGACACAGUGGCAGCCAUGUUGUCGCCCCCCUCCUCACGUCAUUCACCCCCUCUUUAAACAUCUUCCCCCCCUCCCCCGUAGACACCAUCACCAACCUUCACCGUCACACCAAGAACUCCCAUCGUCUCCGCCCGUCCCUGAAUCAUCUCAAAUGACGUCCCUGUUAGUCGACCCCCAAGCCUCCAAGGGGAACCCCAGUCACAUCUCGCCACCCAGGACUGCUGGUAGCUACUUGUAGGGUCAGAACACGGCCCAGUGGACAAUGUAAAAAGAUCUUUGUAUUAUCAGCAGCUGUCGGUCUCCAGGCUCUUACUCUAUUGUUCAUAGUCAAACAAUUCCCUCACAACAGGUGCAAUGUGUUAGUUACUGUACUGUAUCAUCUAGAUUCAAUGUUGCUAUUUCCAUCUCUACACCAUAAAUUGUUGGCAUUGCUUUUCUGGGGCUCCCCUUCUGUAUGUCACCCUAUAUCAUACUCAUAGCUAGCCUGGUUAAACCAGAUUGAACACUGCGCUCAUCAGUUUUCCUGUGAAACGCAGCGCAAUCAGUUUGGAUACCAAGCUAACUGUCUAGAUCCGUCCGUUAUAGUUCUUCUCCACUGUGUCCGCUGCCAGUCGAAGUGUCAGGGAAAGUGCUUUUUCUUUUCUUAUCUCUAUUUCUGACCCUGGAUCUGGAGGAAAUGAGGGAUCUCUUCUCUCUUCCUGAUCCAGUGGUUGUCAACGCUGACCAGUGUUCAACAAACGUUAGGCCUGGUACACAUCCAAUUGAAGCCUGUCAUCUUCAUCUCACAUAUUCUGUUCCCACAUAUAGUUCAAUAGUGAUGUGUGCUGUGACUCCGUGGCUUUUGAUGAUGAUGAGAAAUGAAUAUUUCUUUGAUUUUAUAUAAAGAGAGAAUAUGGAUACUCUUAGAGGUUUGUGGAGCCUCGAACACAAGGUUCUGCUCGUACAAGAAGUGGCCUGAUUUUUCUUGUUUUUAUGCAUUAUAAGCACUGAUUGCAUUGUGUUUUGCUCUUGAGGAAAUAUGCCGGGGUAACACAGAAUGUUCUAUUUAUGCCGUUGCCCAUGAUUUAAUUACUAGUAUUUUUGGAUGAUGUUUUGCUAAGGGUAAGUGUUAACUGAUCCUUAAAUGGGAACCAAUGGAUUAGAAUACAUUUUUGGAUCAAUCUGGCAUACAUGACUCCACUGUAACACUCGCACAGCAGGACAAAAUGUAUCUCGUUGAGACAAUGUGUGUGUGUGUAUGUAAACAGCGCUGAAAGAUCAGCGAACACUGAUCACUGUGGCUGUUUCAAAAGAUCACUUUACCUGAGACCGCUUCUCACAAAAUGUCUACUUCAAUGGUUGUGAAGUGUGAAAUCGAUGCCUAAUCCUAUAGGGUUGUAUCAGAUGAGGCAUUUGAGUGGCACAACAUUGAAGUUGUUAUACCAGUUGGUUGUGCUAUUCAAAUAUACUUGAUCAACUCAUGUAAUGUAAUCUCCAAGCUCACUAAUGGCAACAUUAGAUAACAAUGACUGUUAAUACAAUAUUAAUACGCUGCAUAUGGAUGGGUAAAAGGAUACCAGUAUACAUUAUGUAAAUAAAUACCCUGCAUGACUAUUAUGCUGUCAGCCAUAUGUGUAAAUACACUACAGUGAUGAUUGUUUUUAUAUCUUUGACACAAAUAUUCCGAUCAGAAUUCUGCAAUCCUUCUGCAAAUUAGCACUGUUAUUACUUAACGACAAUAAGAGCUCUAUGAUGAUGUUUGAUCAUUCUCUUUCUUUUACAAGUCUGUCCCGCCUCAAGAAAAGCCAUCUUUCUUUGGGUCCAAACAACAAAUAAAUCAAGUAAACAACA